AUGGACAAAGGGGGUAGGCUUUCUGAAAACCACAAAAACAUGUUAAAUUGUGAUUUCUCUGUGGAAGAUAUCAAGUUUGUACUUGAUAACAUUCCAAAUAACAUAGCUCAUAGAAUGGAUGGGUUUGGUAGCCUGUUCUUUAAGCAUUCUUGGAAUACUUUAAAGCAUGACAUUCAUGCAGCAGUUGUAGAGUUUUUCCUCACAGGGAAGAUUCUGAAGGAGGUAAAUGUUACUUCCAUCACUCUGGUGCCUAAGAUACCAAGUACGGAUCACAUAAUCCCUCCAACAUUCCUGGAAAUUCAGAGUAGUGAAAACUCCAAUCCAUGGAAGCUCAAUUCUGUGCUUCCUGACGUUCCCCCAAUCAGAGUGCUUUUGUUGCUGCUUGAUCUGAGGAAAGCUUAUGAUAUAGUUGAGUGGGAAUUUAUCAGAGAAGUCAUGACAGACCUUGACUUUCCCACUCAUUUCAUCAAUCUUAUCAUGACUUGCCUCACCACUACUCAAUACUCCAUUUUGAUCAAUGGUGCCCCUACUGGGCUCAUUCAGCCUAAGAGAGGCCUAAGGCAAGGGGAUCACCUUUCCCCUCUCCUUUUCACCUUGUGUGUGGAAUACUUCUCCAGAGCUAUGGCUAUAGUCAGUGAGCACCCUCAUUUUAGUUUUCAUCCAAGAUGCAGGAGGUUGUCCCUCAACCACCUUUGCUUUGCUGAUGAUCUGUGA